UACCUGACUCCUCUCCAGGGGCGGACUGACAACUCAUGGGGCCACUGGGCAAUAGGGGAUCUGUACAUGACUGUAUGUGGAUCAGGGGCGGACUGACAACUCAUGGGGCCCCCGGGCAAUUGGGGAUCAUGGGGCCCCUGUGUCCUUGCCCACACUCAAAACACACCCAAAAAAGCAUAUAAAAAAGGUACCAGGGGCAUUUUAUGGAGCCCCCUACUGACUCCAGGCCCUUGGGCAGUGCCCGAGUGCUCGAAUGGUCAGUCAGCCCCUGAUGUGGAUAUACACUGG